AUUGUCGAAGCGUUCCGACAUUUUGAAGAGUAUCUUUCCUUGUAGGAUUGAUACUCUAGAUAUCGUCACGUUUGGAUAUACGUUUUCGCGAGUCUGGAUUUACAACUUUCUUUCUUGGCAUCGACAAUGGCUGGAAAUGGAAACCGGUGACUAAUUUUGGUUUGAGUCAUUAGACGGAUAAGUUGAACACGACAGCCAACCGGCAACCACGGCUUCUGCUCGCUCCCCGGCUGUGACGCGGUUUUCCCGCGCUGCACCGUGCAGUCGGCAAGCUGGCCACCGAUGAGCUGUACGACUACUCCCCUGGGCAGCUCGCCGAUUCGUCUCCGAGCAGCUCCAGUCGUGAUGGUUCGAUGAAGGAACUGCGAGACGUCAGUUGCCUUACAGUUCCAGAGAAAAGCAGAAUGGCUGACCAAAAUGGUGCCAAAGACAGACAUGACCUCUGCAAUAGCCCAGAUCUACCCGAGGUAGAGAUCAUCAGCUUGAUCCAGGAGGAAAUCCCGCGCUACAAGCUCCGCGCCGACACCGUCUUCGGCUACGAGAACAAGGACUGGUUGGAGAGUCCGGCUCUCCCGCCGGACACCCCCGUAGACCUCUCGCCCGAACAGGCGGAGGAAACGCUCAAAUACUUUGCCCUAUGCUCGGAUCGUGUGGCCCAGAUGACGAAGACGUACAAUGACAUAGAGGCUGUCACACGACUUCUUGAAGAAAAAGAGCGGGACCUUGAGCUUGCUGCUAAGAUUGGCCAAUCACUGCUGGAGAGGAAUCGACUCCUGAGCCAGAAAAAUGAUUACCUUGAGGAACAACUGCAGAUUGUGUCAGAACGGAACAACCAGCUCCAACAUGAGCUCCAGCUGAAGGAAGAUCUGCUGCAGAUCUACACCCAGGAGGAGUCUCUCAGCGAGACAGACUCCAGCUGCACCUCACCUGCCACUGGACUCAUCCAUAUUGAUGUCCUUCAGAGGAAGAUCAAGACUUUAGAGGAAGAGAAUUUUCAGAUAAUUUGUGAGGAUCUAUUCUCAGUGCAGAAGGCUGUGAAAGAGUCUACCCUAGACGCCCUAUGGGCCAUGAAAACAGCUGCAAAGUUGAAGACAGAGACUGUGGACUAUGAAGAACAAGAGGCCAAACUGGUUUCCGACUGUGUCAAGGAGCUAAGUACGUUUCAGGACGAACUAAAGGAAGCCAACACUCAAAUCAAACAGCUGACUGAAGAGUUGGUGAGGAAGAAUGAAGACAAUGCGAGGUUUCAGGAGGAAUCCACCAGCUACCUGGCACAGACCAUCGACCUUAACAAGAAGCUCAAGAAGUCUGCUCUUGAGAAUGAAGAACUCCAACAACAUCUUCGAGUUGCCAAAGAAACACAGCAAGAACUUACAGAAGAGCUCCGUGACCUUGAGGAGAAGUACCAGGAGGUCAUGGGGAUGUUGCAUGAGGCACAGGCGGAGGCAAAGACGAUGCGGAAAAAGACCCAACCCAGCUCCUCUACCAAGAGGCCAUACGGCAGCACUCUCCCCGGCAUGUUUCCUCUGGACUCCCUGGCUUCAGAGAUAGAACACACUAUGAGACAACAAAUAGGAGAUGGCUUUGAAGGUCCCUCACCAAAAGACCAAAGAACCAACACCAAGAGAGUGAUGGACACAGUCCGCUACAUCAGGAGAAAGCCGCCCCCUGGGAAACCUAUCCCAGGAUCCAACACCACCACCACCAUGACCAGUAUGAGCAACAGUCCGCUCUGCACCAACACCAUCGGCUCAGGCAGUUCUUACACCAGCAGCCCGCCUAGUGAGAACUACGGUGCUGAUGACGACGAAAACAGUAACGUUACUGGAACGGAUACCACUUCUAGUAAAUCAAGCAACCUGGGGCGACCAGGCAUCCCUGGAUCCAACGACCUUGAAACGGCCUUGAGGAGACUCAGCUUGCGGCGAGAGGCGGAGAACAUCUUCCGAGAUCGACAGCGGGAGAGGCGGAUAUCAGAAUGUAGAGAGUCGGACAUUUCAGAAACGUCCACGCCUGAUGAGAGCGAUAGCAUCAUGUCGACGGGCAGCCAUUUGUCGUUUCUUUCGCGUGGGUCGUCGUUCUCGCGCCCGUACAUUCCAGAGAAACUGCAGAUAGUGAAACCUAUGGAGGGUUCCAUGACCCUGCACCAGUGGCAGAGACUGGCGACCCCUAACCUUGCGGGGGUCCUGGAGUCGCAGGACGGCGUGCACAUUAAGGGGUACCGCCACAUCGAACAGGACUUCACCGAGGAGUACCAUCUCAGCGAUGUAGAGGAGGACGAUGGAUGUGCUUGUCUGGAGCUCGACACUAGACCAAAUUUGUCCAAAAGUGACGCAGCAGCCAUGAUAGAAAGUAACGAUCACGAUGACAGCACGAGUGUCCUUAGUUUGACACGAUCUCUCAGUUUUACGUCCUUCCUUGCCGAGAAUUUGUGUGUUGUGAUCCAGCCGACGUCGGGCUCCCUGUCUACGAACACGACCUACACCUACACGCAGUGCGGCAUCCUGCACCCGUCAGACGACAAUACAAGUGUCAGCUCAAGGAGGUGUAGAAAGUGUUCUUGUUGUGAGAGAUGGGUUAGAGCUCCAUGUAUACCAGGGUAUUUAAAGACCUCAGGUUGGGAUCUGUUAAUACUUGGCCUGUGCCAAGCCUGUGCCAUAAGCUCUAGCUCAGGAAGACCAGUGCCAUCCGUCAGCAUGUUGCGUAGCCAGCCCCCCGCGGUCGGCACCCUCCGUCGUACCUCCAUCUCCAACUCCUGCUCCAACCUGCGGGAGGCCACCAGCACCUUCAGCACUAACACUGGACUUGCCAAGCUUCUCAAGGAACGCGGGAUCCAGGCCAUGAAACCUGUCAAACGAAAACCCGAGAGACUAAACGUGGACUUGAAAGUUUCGACGCAGACCACGCCGUCUGCUUCUGCAUCGUCGUUGCCCAGGCAAAAGCUGCAUAUUGAUUUGGAUCUGAAUUUGCCCUCCAAUGCCAGCAUUAACCUGAAAGUUGGAGCACCCAAACCGCCCCCGACUCCUCCCAACUCGCCCACAAAAUCGGCCCCGAUCCUGGGAACCGGCGGAAUCAACUCUGCGACAUUCGCAAGCAAGCUAGCACGAGCCAUGAUGAUGACGUCACCCAACGGAAACAGCAGCACGGACAACUCCAAAUACGACAUCGUCAAUAAGGUAAAAGAAAUGGACAUUGGCAGUAUGAUAUCGACAUGCGCCAUCACGACAACCACCACCACCACGUCGUCACUUCCGAGCGGGCCGUUACCGAGUACAGUGAUGUUAGGAACGGGGUACAGAGUGAGCUCUAUCGCAUCUCCUGGCCCAAUGUCAGCGCUAAGCGGGAAUUUCAAGAUCCCACCGUCCCCAAAAGCACAACAUCACGGAUCAGUGAGAAAGAAUGCCUCAUUCUGAGAGACGUCAGGCUAGCAAUCUUAGGCCCACUUUACGUGCAUUUUCAAAACACUUCCCAAAAUGCGUUCUUUUACAAGGGCUGGAAGAAUCUGUUUUAGAGCCACUGAGAAAAAAUGUGCUGUCGAACAUUCUCUCUUGGCAUCUUGCAUGUUGUACAAAUAUAUUUCAGGAACUGUUUUCGAAAAUGCAUCACUCAUUUACUCAUUAUCUGGUUUGUUUUUGUCUUUGAAAACACAGGUAAAACGGGCCUAAGUACUCAAAUUAUAGACAUUUGGAUGGUACUAGGUCUAUAUAGAUCCAUUACAAUGGUCCUAUGGCAACUUUGCAUCAAACUGCUGGCAUGUUGUAAUAAUUGUAAAAUAACCUGUCAUCAUCUACUUUGUUAAUCAUUACUCAAUCAGACAUUCAAUCUUACUGUGCCAUUUCUUAGGCAUUCAGGUAACGAAAUGCUUUUUGUGACCUUUUGCAAAAGAAAGGCCAUAAUAGCAUGAGGGUUCUGUAGUCCAGUCUUCUCUGAAAAAGAAGCCCAAAUUCAGAACUGGGGGCAGCAAGAAAAUCCUAGGCAUUGUCAUAGAUUUUGGAAAUUGUAUACCAUGGUAUAUCUACAUGUAGACUAAAGUGUAAUACUCACCUUCAUAAUGUAUGAGAAUAGUUGUAGACAAUACUAAAGGAUAUAUCAAAUUGUCUGUAUCUAUAUUUAGAUGCCCAUAUCUCCAUAACCAUAAAGCAAUGAAAGAAGUUUUAUUUGCAUGGCCUUCGCUAUCUAUUUGAGUGUUCUUGUGGUCUAAAAUUUUCAUCUGUUUGUAAAAAUGUGUCCAAGAAUAAUUUUGAAUGUUGCAGCAUGUGUUUAUGUGGAAAACAUUGUAUAUAGCCAUAGG